AUGGAACGGAUCAGCACACAGUUCUUGAACAACUGGGAGAAUCAUGAGAUCGUAUUGGCAAUACCUAUCGAGAAAAUCCCAACGCUUAAGAAUUCAACUGGCGCUACUGGAGAAGAACUACGACAAAAGAAUGCAGCCGUUGCAGCUCAAUCUCGCUCGCUGGACCUGCAACAGUCGCUCGAUGUGGUCAAUGAACAAGGCAGUCGGCGGCGGCGGCGUAAUCGAGAACGGCAGGCGAACGCCAUCCGACAAGCGGAUGAGGGGACUUGCCGAUCGAAAUUAAUUGCGAAUGCUUAA